AUGGAUGCUACCAGCUUUGGUGCUUUCGGCGUAUUCAGCUCGAAUCAGACCGGUAAUGUCAUUAUUCUUCUCUCUCGUGUCAUCGGAGUGCACCAACGGUAUGCACCCGGCGGGGCUUGCGCUGGACCAGCUCUGUUGACAACAGGCCUUAGUUUGGCCGUAUUCCUCGUCAUGGCCUUUCUCUCCGGUCGCCUUGGUCAACAUUUUGGUCAUCUCCACCGCGCAAGCCUAGCCAUUUCGACAUUGGUGCAGGCUAUCUUGCUGCUGCUUGUCGCUGUCUUGAUACAACAUUCCGUUUUCUCGCCCGGCGACGUAAAUGAUAGUGACGUGACACAUCAGUAUGCCGAGCUCGAUGCAGCACCUGUUGCUCUACUUGCUGCUUCCGCUGGCUUGCAAGUGUCGCAAGCUCGAUGUUCAGGAUUUCAAGAGAUUCCGACGGCAAUGCUGACGUCACCUAUGGUGGAUCUGCUCAUCCACCCUCAGCUUUUUGGACGCCUUCUGCCAAGGGGCGAUAAGAAGCUGCAUUCGCGCAACGUACGAGCUGCAUAUCUAAGCACUUUUGUACUUGGCAUCGCUCUGGGUGCUGCCGUGCAUCGCUUUGCAGGUACGUCGAUCGUAACGUUUAUUGCGUUUGCGCUGCGUAUCGUCGUCGCAGUAUCCCUCUCUAUUCUGCCACCCGGAUAG